CACUUUCCACGGCUCCCUGAAAAGGUGGGCCCAGGGGAGGGCGGGGUUUGCAUGGCCUAACGAUAGAAAAGGCGGCCAACCGCACGGCCCCACUGCAGAGCCGACCAAUGACUGGGGCAGCGCAGGCUCGCUCCACCAAUAGGAGGGCGCGGACGGGCGAAGGGCGGCCACUUCCUGGAGACCACAGGUGGGAGCCUCGCUGUGCCCCAGCCGGACGGGCUUCUGAAGCUGGCAGGAUGAAUGUGGGGGUGGCACACAGCGAAGUGAACCCCAACACUCGAGUGAUGAAUAGUCGGGGCAUCUGGCUGGCCUACAUCAUCUUGGUAGGACUGCUGCAUGUGGUUCUACUCAGCAUCCCUUUCUUCAGCAUUCCUGUUGUCUGGACCCUGACCAACGUCAUCCAUAACCUGGCAAUGUAUAUCUUCCUACAUACAGUGAAAGGGACACCCUUUGAGACCCCUGACCAAGGAAAGGCUCGGCUGUUGACACACUGGGAGCAGAUGGACUAUGGACUACAAUUUACCUCCUCCAGAAAGUUCCUCAGCAUCUCUCCUAUUGUACUCUACCUACUGGCCAGCUUCUACACCAAGUAUGAUGCUGCUCAUUUCCUCAUCAACACUGCCUCACUACUCAGCGUACUGCUGCCUAAGCUACCCCAAUUCCAUGGGGUUCGUCUCUUUGGAAUCAACAAAUACUGAAAAAUGGGUUGAGAGUUCUGCAGGCAUUGAGAGAAGGCACUGGAACAAAGAGAUGUAAUGGUUUCCCUUUCUUCUGUACCUUGAAAGCCUGAGAGAUAAGACAAACCUUUCUAAACUCCAAGGAGGAAGAAAUUGAAAAAUGGGGUUCCUGGGCCCAGCCUUAAUAGGGUUAGGAUUCUCUGACUCAGGAAAGGUGGAUGAGGUUAAGGGCCACACCACUCUUCUCUGUACAGCAAGAAGCCAUCCAGGCUUGGGCAGCUUGUCUGGUGAUUAUGUUUUCCAUGUCUUCCAAACCUACCACCUUCAAGUUCUAUUUUGCUGUAUAUUUUCCUUAAAAUAAAGUCUUUUCAGUUGUGA